AUGAAACGAUCUUCUAAGGAUAUCCAUUAUUAUGAAGCAUUUUCAAUGGCACCGCCAUCAUUUAUUACGAAUCUAACAACAGUACAACCAGCUUCUGAGUUUCAUGCUAAAUCAAGCGAUGAUAAAGAUGAGAAUUUGUAUCAGUCAACAUCAGAUGAUGCUCCAUCAUCUGAAAUACUUACUAAUGUCAAUGUUCAUCGGAUAUUUGAUUUAUUUACAUUAAUUUGGUAUGAUUCACUCGUUAAUGAGAAUAAAGAAGAAGUUGAACAAGUACAAGAUAAAUUACGUGAAUUUAUAUCUUAUCUAAUGAAAUUCACUAAUAUUGAUCAAUGUAAUCAAUAUAUUCAAGAAAAUACAAAUGAAAAAAUCAUUUUAAUCCUUUCAAAUCCAUCCAACAGUGAACUUCUCUUACGAAUUCAUCAAUAUGAACAUUUACAAGCGAUUUAUAUAUACUCUAAUAAUCAAACUAAAGUGGAAGAAUGGUCGCUGAAGUACAACAAAAUAAUUGCUGUUGUUACAACUUAUAUGGAUUUGAUUUCAAUUAUUAAGAAAGAUCAACCAAUAAGAAAAAGAAUCGAACAGCAAUCAAUUUCAACGAAUUUCUAUAAAAAAGAUCAGUUCUUUAAUGAUGAACAUACUCAUAUCAAUCUUUCAAUUGAAAAUAGUCAAUUUGUUUGGACACAGAUUUAUGUAGAAAUUCUUCUUCGAAUAGAUCCAAGUGAUUUAGUUCGAUCAUUUCAUGAAACGAAUGACUUAUGCCGACAAUAUUAUCAAGACAAUCCAACACAACUCCAAGAAAUCAAUGAGUUUAAAUCCAGUUAUACACGUAAACAAGCUAUAAAAUGUUAUACUCAAUGGACAUUUCUCUAUGAACCAUUGAAUAAAGCACUUCGUCAAAAUGAUCUAAGUACAUUGUUUAUUUAUCGGUUUUUUCUUUACGAUCUCAAUAAAAAUUUGGAACGAUUACAAAGAAAUUUGAAUGAAUCUAUUAUUCAUGUUUAUCGUGGUCAAAUAUUACGUGAUGAUGAAUUAGAAAUGAUGAAAAAAUAUCAAGGUUAUAUCAUAUCGAUUAACAGUAUUUUCUCGACAAGUCGAGAUCGUGAUGUUGCUAUGAUGUUUGCUCAAUCAAGUAUGAGUAAUAGAGAUCAUCGAUAUCAACCGGUUAUAUUUGAAAUCGAAGCAAAUACACGAUUUGAUUCAGAUGAAUCUCGUCCAUUUGCUGAUAUAUCUAAUGACAGUCAAUUUAAAGUAGAAGCAGAAGUUCUUUUCAUGGCUGGAUGUGUCUUUCGAUUGGUUAAUGUUCGAUUCUGUGAAAAAGAACAGUGUUGGUUUAUUCAACUUCAAUUAUGUAGCCAACAUGAUCAUCAAUUAAAUGAUUUCUUCAACUGGCUUCGAAAUUCGAUUUGUAGUCAAUCUAAUCUUGAUUCUGUUUUCUAUGUUCUACGUGAUAUGGGUCGUUUAAAUGAAGCUGAACAAUUAUACCGGGAACAAUUACGUUAUACGAAUUCGAAUAAUCAAUUCUUUACAUUGGUUCAUCUAGGACAAAUUGCUCAUGCUAAACAUGAACAUAAACAAGCAUUGCAUUUGUAUGACCAAGCAAUGCAACAUCUCGAUAAACAGAUCGAAACAAGUACUAUUGGAGCAUUGUACAAUUUCAUCGGUGAAGUUCAUAUAGAAAAUGAAGAUUUUUUAUUGGCUUCAUAUACUUUUAAACAGGCAUUAAAAUAUUUACGUCAUUCAGUAGGAAAUGAUCAUCUUGAUACAGCCAGAACUUAUGAAGAUCUUGGAAAAGUUAAUUAUGCUCAACAUAACUAUGCUUUAGCUUUAAAGACUUUGAAAAAAUGUUUAAAUAUUCGACAAAAAUUUUUACCUGUUUUUCAUCCAAAUUUAGCAAAAACUCAUUUUCUUCUUGGACAAACUUAUGAACGACUUAAUGAGUUCUCAAUGGCAAUGAAUCAUUAUAAAUCAACAUUAUCAAUACAAGAAAAGCACUUAUCACCUACUGAUACCAACUAUCUUCAAACGAUACAAGCUAUAAACGCUAUCUCAAAGGUGAAUAUGUAA